UGUUACCCGUGUUUGUCUUAGGUAUUUCAACAAUCACCUAUUACGCCUCUUGGCUGGUAGUACGUGUACGAUUGGUCUGUCUUUGUGUACGUACCGGUAAUGCAUGCGCACAGGUAGCGACCCGUCGUGUCGGGCUAGGCUUGCAUUAGCGCUGAAUGCUCUUUUCGGAAGAAUACACGUAUGCUAACAAACACAAAAUGGCGCCUGCGUCAAUCACUGCAGCUGUGUGUCGACUGUGCUCGCAAACCGAUUUCUUCUCUGUUUUUCUUUUUCAUUCUUUCUUGUUUGUAAAACCGAGUGAGUGCACAGACGCAUAAAGACUCCUGUCAACAGAAGAAUGUAAAUAACAGCAAACAAGGCACGCCUCUUCAACAAGUGGGGCAGGAUGGUGAACUCGGGCACGGUGCAGGGACUCGAUAACAAGGAAUUAUGUUUCAGUGUAAAAUAAAUAACAAACUGCCCCCUCUUUCUAUCUGACAAAACAGAGUGCACUGAAAAAUAAACAAACUGGACAGACAACAACUUAGCACCGAAGGCUAAACUGGACCAUAUAAGUUGCCCACAUGAAGCGAUUUUAAAUGUGAUCCUUCUUCCAUGCGUAUAAUGCACGCUAAUUAUGACUAGCUGUUCACUAUCCUCUUCAGUGUCUGACAAAUGAUGUAAUUGUUUUUUUUUUAUUAGUGUUUGUGUUUGUACAUUUUUCCACAUCGCGACCUUAUUGCGUGUUCGUCUUCACAACAAGUACAGCGCGUGGUUGGCAGACCCGUUUGUUUAGAUUCCCAAAAGUUUCAGUUGUAAAUUUUAAAAGGCUGUUGAACUGUACUAUUCUUAUUGUUAGUCGUUGUAUUGUCAUUUGACCUUAUGUAUCCAAACACAUAGACCCCUUUUCUCCAGAUUAAGGUAAUUUUGGACCUUAAAAAAAUCGAUGCAAAAUAUAUUAUUAUUAUACGUUAAAAUGCAGUUACAUAUAAAUAUAUUGCUGGGUAUGUUUUGCUUGGAGUCUAACAGCAUGGGGCGUGGUCAUAUUUAUAAGUAACCCCGGCGCCCUCCUCCGAGUUCAGCACCGAUGUGUACAAUCCUUGGAGCUAACGGUUGUCAUGAAGGCACUGGAGGGUGUCAGGCUGUAAUUAAAUAAACAUGGGGAGUGGCAAGGAUCUCUCGAAGUUUGACAGGGGGGUGAUUGUAGGCGCUCGCCUCGCCGGUGCCUCCAUAGUACAAACUGUAAACGCCUGCGGGAAGUCCCGUACAACAGUCUCACGAGUCUUCAAAGAAUGGCGGACAUCAGAAAAAACGGGGACUGACAGGUCAAAGUGUGGUCGCAAGCGACUUCUCACCGACCGGGAGCGCCAGUGGCUGGAGAAAAUCGUGAGCACAGAGAGGACCCAGUCCUCACGAGUGAUCACCGAAACGCUCAACCUCGCCAGCGAGCAGCCCGUGUCCGCACGAACAGUGCGCAGAGAGUUACAAAGAAUGCGGUCUUAUAGUCCAGUGCCGCCGUCCUUAUUAAAAUACAACCAGGACUUAAAAGACAAAAACGAGCCGAAAGACGACAAAGCAAAUGGAAAAAAGCUUGCAGAUGAAAAUGGAGAAGAUGGAGGGAGUGAUGAAGAAUACCCUGGGGAGGUGAAAGACGGGGAAGAGGAGGAAGGGGACGAAGGUCUUGAGGGAGAGAAGGAAGACGAGGACGAGGUUGAAGAGGUCGAGGAGGAGGAUGAAGACGAUGAUGAUGAUGAUGAAGAGGAGGAGGAAGAGCAGCCGCUACCAGCAGCAGCACACCCUACGAAGAGACGAGGCAACGAGCAGGAGACCGUUGGAAAGAAACGUCAGAAGACAGCCAGCAGUGACUCGUAGGACGUCUGACGCAACGCACAGCUCAAAACGCAGAAAUCAAAUAAACCAACAUAGGAAUCCAACAGCCUCCUUACCCAUAGAUAAAGAGAGAGAGAGAGAGUAUUGUACUGUCAUUUAAAAAUAAAUAACGAAUGAAUUAAUAACUCAAACGAAACAAAUACUGGUGGGUAAACCCAGGCGAAGUUUCAAAACCGGGGUGAUGUCACAGAGUAGAGAGAACAGUGAACUGGGAGGUACAUCAGGCUGGGGGCCAAUUAUAAUUACAUUUUGUUUAAUUACAAUUAAAAUCAGCAAUUACAAUUAUUCUACAGUAACUGCAAUUAUAAAUUACACUACAGUAACAUAACCAGCUCCACGCUAUUUAUUCUUGCAAGCAGUAAUCACAGGUACAAACACAGACACCCACUGUGUAACUUUAAUUUUUUCAAACAAACGCGGUCAAUAAAAGUGGUUGGGAAUGAGAAUAAUGUGCCCUCAGUGUGAAACACAGCAUGCAACUGCGAAGGAUUCAGCUUGGAAAGGGGUGGAAUUGAACUGGAAUUGAUCAAUGAUAUGAUACAAUUACAAUUACAGCUCCCCAGGUUAAUUACACAUUGCACAAUUACAGCUCCCCAGGUUAUUUACACAUUGCACAAUUACAAUGUGUUUGUCUCCAGUCGUCUCUGUGCUUGUGGUCCACCCAUGAGUUUUGCAGCAUCGCCUGUUUGUUUUUCAGAUUGGUGCAAACGCACAAGAGCUAGUGGUUUGUGAAUAUGGCGUUUGUGUUAGCGGUUUAAUAUUCAGCUGACUGAUGCCAAUACAGUAAAAACUGACUGCAGUUCAGUCAUUUGGCCACAAGGUGGUGGGGCAUAAUGAUUUAUUUUCUCUAAGUCUAGUUUAAAGUGGACUCGUUUUGAUGAUGAAUACAGUUUCUAUACAAUACAUAUACCUAGCAGUGGAUACAAAGGCUUGUUAUCUUUAACAUUGAUUUUAUUCAGAUUUACUUUACUGUUGUGAUUUUGCAUAACGCACAGUGCCACCAGUCCAUGUGGCUGAAUGCUGUAACUGCAGCUUGUUUUGAUUUGGCUUUUGGAAGCAGUUUUUAAAAGAAAAAAGUAAUUAUUGUUAUUUUUUUCCCAUUUUUCCAACCCUUGUCGUUUUUGUUUAAUUUUUUUGUUAAUUUAGUUUUUUGUGUGUGUGGUGUAAAAUUGACGGAGCUUGAUGUACAUUCCAUUAAAUAAAUUUGUAUACAUUUUAAA